AGAGAGUUCAAGAGGCGUGAAACCGUUAAGAGGUAAACGGUGGGGUCCGCGCAGUCCGCCCGGAGGAUUCAACCCGGCGGCGCGCGUCCGGCCGUGCCGGCGGUUCCCGGCGGAUCUUUCCCGCUCCCCGUUCCUCCCGACCCCUCCACCCGUCCGCGCGGCCUCUCCUCCCCGGUCCCCUCCCGCCCCGUCCCCCUUCCGGGGCGUCGGGGUGGGGUGCGGCCGAGGGGGUGUGGCGGCGGGCGGGCGGCGACCGGCCGCCGCCGGGCGCACUUCCACCGCGGCGGUGCGCCGCGACCGGCUCCGGGACGGCUGGGAAGGCCCCGGCGGGGAAGGUGGCCCGGGGGUCCCCCGCCCGGUCCCCGUCCGUCUCGGCGGGCGGGCCGGCGGGACCGGGCCCCCGGGUUUACAGCCCCGCCCCGGCAGCAGCGAUCGCCGAAUCCCGGGGCGAGGAGCCAGGACCCGUCGCCGCGCUCUCCCCCCCGCCCCGCCGCGGCCUCCCCGCCUCGCGGCCGGGAGGUGGCGCGGGCGCGGAGGGAGGGGCAACCCUCCCGAGGGGGGGCCCGCCUCCGCUCCCGCGGAGCGUAGGCGGAGCGAGCGCACGGGGUCGGCGGCGACGUCGGCCACCACCCGACCCGUCUUGAAACACGGACCAAGGAGUCUGACGCGUGCGCGAGUCAGGGCGCGCGCGAAAGCCGCCGUGGCGCAAUGA